AUGGAAGAUAACGGUGCCGAUGCGAUCGCACGUGGCGACUGGAACGACACAUACGGCGGCCAUCCUCAUGGGGUGCCGAGGCAGCCAACGGAGAGAAUCCGAUCCCUCGAGCUCGAGGCCAUCUUGCCUAUCGGAGUGAAUGCACACAGGGUCAACGAUCUGAUUGAAGCUCAUUCAAACAUGAGCCUGGAUGUUCUGAAGCAAGAAUUCGAAGUCUUCUUGGAAGCUGUGGCCCCCAAGCUCCCAUGUCUUGCGAGCAAGUACAUGACCUGGAAAACGGCCCCCUUACUCAAGAAUAUCUUCGUGGGAGGGGAGCCGGACGAGGACGAUGACGACUACGACGACGGCAAUGAGAGCGAAGGGGUUCAUGCCGACCUCUUCUCUCCUUCUCAAACCGACUAUGCAAGCGACACUGACUCAAGCGACAUUGACCACUCAGACGAGCUGACCAUCUUGCCCCUGCGAAACUUGGGCUUCGGCCAUGACCUCAAGGCCCCGGUUGCUGCGGAACGGCCUCUGCUGACGUACGUUGAAGACGAGCAGGGCGUUGUGAACCAGAGAGCAUUCAUCUUCGCGAACGACUUCUUCGAGGUCCGUCGAUCUCUGGUUGCUGGCUGGGGAGCGUUCGCAAAGACGAACUUGCGUCAGGGAGACACCAUUCUGGUCGAGAAAGCGCUCUACCAUGCGACCCACAAGGAAGUUCAACCGUCCGUCGACCUGCUGUCUGAGAGUGAGAGAAAGAUCGCCGAUGAUCUCCACGCGUACUUCGGUCGGGACGGAGAGACCAAGGCUGAAGCUGUCUGGAACACCAACGCAUUCGCUUCCAAGUAUUCGAAGGCCAAAGCUCUGGCUCUCAAGAAGACACUGGCCGCGCGCCACGACACCGCUGGUCUGUUCCCAGUUGCUGCACGUUUCAACCACUCCUGCGAACCGACCAUCCAGUAUAAAUACGACGCAGAGGACGAGGUCCUCAUCUUUAGUGUUCGAUCCUGGGAGAUAGAGAAAGGAGAGGAACUCACCAUAUCGUAUGGCAAAGAGCCUUCGGUGUUGUAUUAUAAGUUCGGAUUCAAGUGCGAAUGCGGCUUCUGCGAUGGUUUCGAUCCCACCAAGUGGAACUACUAG